AGAGGAAAGUCUCGGCGAAUCCUACAAUUCCAACUCGCAGGGUGAACGCAGAGCAAGGUGAACGAGUCGCCGUCGAAGCCAUAGUAUACUCGCGGACACUCAGUAUAAUCGCCACGGGAAUUGCACGGUACCAAUCCCACAGUAACGAAAUCCGAUGCCAUUUCACGAUAGUGUUCGUCGUUCUCUCGACUCUGCCGAAAUUAUCGGCUUGGGUCGCCUACUAAAAAAAAGUGCAUUUUUUUAGUGAAAGUGCAUUUCUUUAUUUCAUGUGAAACAAUCAUCGACAAUUUAUUACUUGCUCGAAUUCAAAAAAAAAUAUUUUAGACUGCCUCCCGACACCUUGAGUACAUAUUCUUCACGCUGAUUACAAUAAACAAGCCGGAAGAUGCCGGCGUUGAUGCUUUUUGGAAGAAAGUGGUUGGCAGCUACUGACGAUCUCGUUUAUCCAGGACUAUUUGAAAUUUUCAUUCGUAUUGUUUGGAUUGCUCUGAUAGGAAUUGCAUGUGCAAGAUAUUAUGGGGAAACAUGGAAAUGUCAAUCGGGAGGAGGUUUAGUGAGGGCGUUUUUAGUAGGAGAAAUAGUCAUGCUGGGGGUUGUGACUAUUUUGCUAUGCUUUUUAGUCAAUCAGAGUGCAAGAGGUUCAAUAACAGACACUUAUGCUCGGCGUUUUGUUCAGCCUCUUCUGACUGUCAAAAUCCUCCUGAUGCCCUUGGAGAUCGUAUGGAACAUUUUGGGUUCUUUAUGGGUACUAAGUGAUAACGUAAGGUGCAGCAACGAACAUUAUACCAUAACGGCAGUAAAGGUCCUCGUUUUUUUCGACUGGGUGCUGAUUGGGCUGGCUAUUUUGGGCUUGGCACUGGUCUUCGAUCCCCUGGGGUCUCUCAGAUUGGAAGAAAAAGUUCUUGAGGAUGAAAUCGAACAUGGAAGAGCCUCCAGGAUCUGGCUUCGGAGGUUCAAAUUUUUUUGGUGGAUGAGGAGAGACGAGAGUGCCAACGAAACCUUCCAACAUGUUGCUGGAUUGCUGACUGCUCUUUUUCGCGGAACUGAUUUGGUGCCUUCAGACGUGAUGGCAGGAUGUGUGCUCCUCAGAGUUCGUCAGAAACGUGAAACCCUUGAAUUACGAAGACUCAACAUUUUAGAAAGACCAAAAUACACCUCUGAUUCACAAAGCAUUUUUGCUGGUGUCCCCAACUGGAUGUCCUUGGAUUGGGCACAUCAUUAUAUGCAGCUAUCAAUUGCCUCCUAUGGCUGGCUUUUUGUCAUAUACCAAAAUGCUUGCACAGGCUGUUUUCGUUUAAUUAGCGGCAUGACCUGUUGUGCAUGCUUUAGGAGAAAACGCAAUAUUGUUUUAGAAGACAAUUGUUGCCUGUGUAAUCUUUCUGGCGUUAAAUAUCUCUCGAAAUUAACUGACGAUGAUAUUCUGUUCGCAUCUUUCAGAAAUCAUCUGUGUGAGAUACCUUUCUGCGUGAUUGCUGAUCACAAAACCGCAAGUAUUGUAAUAGUCAUCCGAGGAUCACUAUCAUUAAGGGAUAUAAUUACCGAUAUUGCUGCCGCUUCAGACUCUUUUGAAAUUGAAGGUCUUCCACCUGGUAGUAUGGCUCACAGAGGAAUGAUAAUAGGAGCAAAGUUACUUUUAAAGCAACUAAAUCAGUACAAAGUUUUGCAAAAUGCUUUUGAAAAAUAUCCCCGUUACAAUUUAACAGUAACUGGACACAGUUUAGGAGCCGGAUUAUCAGUUUUACUAGGUUUAUUGCUGCGUCCAAAAUAUCCAAGUAUAAGAGUUUAUGCAUUUUCAACACCAGCUGGCUUGCUUAGCAGAGAAGCUGCCAAAAUAACAGAAGAAUUUGUACUAACGAUAGGCCUCGGUGAUGAUUUUGUGAUGAGGUUGAGUGUCGAUAGUAUAGAAAAUUUUAGAACUUCUUUACUUAUUACUCUGCAAGCUUGCCGACUACCGAAGUACAGAGUAGUGCUGAAUGGAUUUGGAUACAUUAUGUUCGGCGUUCCUGACAGAGAUCUCAAUAGAACGUGGAGAAAUGGCAACACGAUCAAUUCAAUACCCGGCCAAUUGCCGUUGCUAGUCGAAGCAACACGACAAACAGAAACGAGGAUUUUGGAACGAGACGUUACCAGAAGAAGAUUUUCAGAAGUAAGAUUAUUUACUGCUGGCAGAAUACUUCAUGUCGUGAAGUACAAAGUACCGCCCGCAGAGAAAAAGAAGAAGAGUAAAGAGCGAAAAUACGAGAUGCGAUGGGCGCAACCAGAAGAUUUUAUGGAAAUGACAGUAAUGCCAAGAAUGCUUCUCGAUCAUUUACCCGAAAAUUUAGAAGGCGCUUUAGCAACAUUAAUUCGACAACAAGAUGAGCUACCUCAAUACUUGGAAGCAUUAUAGCCAAAGGAAAGUUGCGUCAUCAUUCAUGAGCAAAUUUUACACCAGGCCAGACUUCGAAAGAAUAUAUAUUUUUUUACAAAUUUCUAAAAAAAUAAGUUCCUUAAUUUAGACAGACCUCGAGAAAAAUCAAAGAAAUCUGAAAUAGAAAAUCUCCGAAGAAAUCUCCUUGUAAGACUUGCAAAACAUGAUUCAUUCCAUUUUUUAUAUUCCUCAUUUAUGUACAUAAAUAAAACUAGCUGCAAGAAUUAUAAAGACGAUUUUUGAUACUAGAUGAAUGUAUCGGGAAAUUUUCAUUUUUAAUAAAUCUGAUAAAAUCUUAAUUAAUAUGCAUAACUCAACAUUCUCGUUUAUAUCAGGAUGGCCACUCAAAACUUGGGAAAUUAAAAUAAAAUAAAAAUAUAUUUUUGGAAAGGAUUCCUCAAAGCUAGAAUUCAUUUUCGAACAUUUGAAAUGUAAAUCUUAAUAAAUAAUCUAAAAGAAAUUUAGGUAUUGAAAUU